CGUUUCUCGUUUUUAGUGUACGGUUUUGGUUUGUAUAAAAAUAUUAAACCAUAAUUAGUACCGUAACACUCGGAUGUGGCCUGAAUUAUCGGACAUAUUUUGCAAUUUGCAGAUAACCUCAAACUGAAGAUCUGCAGGUUUGGUAACGACCUCGGACCAAAAGAGGCGCGAGAGAAGAACCUCUCUUCAAUAUUUGCUCCAACUUUACUUCCGCGACCAACUUUAGCAUGAUGUCGUAUCUUAAGCAACCGCCUUACCCGGUUAACGGGCUGAGUUUAACCACGUCCGGCAUGGACCUGCUGCAUCCGUCUGUGGGAUAUCCAGCUACUCCUCGAAAGCAACGUCGGGAGAGAACAACGUUCACUCGGGCUCAGCUAGACGUGCUCGAGGCGCUGUUCGCUAAAACGCGCUACCCGGACAUCUUCAUGCGCGAGGAGGUGGCCCUGAAAAUCAACUUGCCGGAGUCUCGUGUACAGGUUUGGUUCAAAAAUCGGCGCGCAAAAUGCAGACAGCAACAACAGCAGCAGCAAAACGGAGGCCAGAACAAAGUGCGCCCGGCCAAGAAGAAGAGCUCACCGGCGCGGGAGGCGAGCUCAGAAAGUGGAGCUAGUGGUCAGUUCACGCCGCCCUCUAGUACUUCAGUGCCGGCUAUAUCCAGCACGGCGGCGCCUGUGUCCAUCUGGAGCCCGGCGUCCAUCUCGCCGCUUUCGGAAGUGCUCUCCACCUCUUCGUCUUCGUCAUGCAUGCAGCGCUCUUACCCGAUGACCUACACGCAGGCGACAUCCGGUUACGGUCAAGGCUACGCGGGCUCAGCGUCUUACUUUGGGGGCAUGGAGUGCGGUUCAUACCUGGCGCCCAUGCACCACCAGCUGUCGGCGCCAGCAGCCUCCGCUCUCAGCCCCAUGAGCACCAGCGCCGUCACCAGCCACCUGAAUCAACCGUCCACUCAGGGCUACGGCGCCUCGGGCCUCGGCUUCAACUCCACUGCGGCAGACUGCCUGGACUACAAAGAUCAAACAUCCUCUUGGAAGCUCAACUUCAACGCCGACUGCUUGGAUUACAAAGAUCAGACUUCCUCCUGGAAGUUUCAGGUGUUGUGAGAGAAGCAAGCGAGUUGUUUUUCAACAAAAAAAAAAAUUAAAAGACUAGACAAGACACAUACCUGCCAUAAUUCAAAAAUCUGACAAACAAAUUCGGCGAGGUGGAUGAGUUGCGCUGCUCCUGCCUCGAGUUAGCCAGUCCUGUUCCUCAGUAACAAAGUCAAUUAUAUAAAUGGCCCCGGAGUGACAUACAAACGCAUACACGAGCUAUAUGACCACAAGCUGUUAUUUAAAAAAAAAAAAAAAAAAAAGAACUCAUGUGAACUUGUAAUAAGUUAGAUCACAGCCAUGGAACAAAUCCUUACCCAUGAAAAGAGGAGUUGAAAAACACUACAUGUUAAAAGAAGACAGUUUAUAAAUAAAGUGUACGGAAUGGGCAGGCUUCUGCAUCCAAAACCUCUUACAGCACGCCGACUUAUGUCCAUGUUGGCAAAACGAGAGAAACUUCCAUCAGGACGAUGUGAACAGCAGAGAGAAUGUGUGUUUGCGUUUGUGUGUGAGCGAGAUUGUGUGUGUGCUGAACGCCCCCAGGGCGACCUGGAUGCACUACUUUAUUUAAGAAAAAGUGUUUAUAAGGAAUCAAUAUGUAGUUUUUAAGAGACAAUCAAUGUGUGUCUUAUAUAAAUGGUACAUGUGUUUUUUUUAAUCUGUGCUAGCCUUCGAAACUGUGAUCUGUUGUAAUUGUAUGCAAUUUGUGAGCUCCCUCGCAACCGUGAAAA